UGUGAGUGACCGCGGUCCGCUGCGCCCGCGUUCCCGUCUGCACAGCUCUCCGAAGCCGAGACGCGCGUCGACGCGGGCAUGAGCCGCUGGGCUGCAGGGUAGAGGGCUUCCGUCCGCCGGCUUCUGAGCAACAUUACGAGCGCAGGGAGCGGACCAGCGACCACAACAACGACAACACACACACACACACACACAGAGAGAGAGAGAGAGAGAGUGUGUGUUAGUGACUCAUUUCCAGCACUGCCGCGCGUCGAGAGCAGCAGACGAGCCAAUGGCAGGGGCACAGCCGGGAGUCCACGCGCUGCAGCUCAAGCCCGUGUCCGUGCCCGAGAGCCUGAGAAGGGGCAACAAGUUCAUGAAAUGGGAUGAUGACUCCACGACUGUGACCCCGGUGACUCUGACAGUCGACCCCAAAGGCUACUUCCUGUACUGGACCGACCAGAACAAGGAUACGGAUCUGCUGGAUAUAUCGCACAUAAAAGAUGCCAGAAACGGAAAGUGCACCAAAACGCCAAAGGAGGCCAAGCUGCGCGAGCUGCUGGACGUCAGCACGCUGGCGGGGAAGAUGGAGAACAGGAUGCUGAUGGUGGUCAGCGGCCCCGACAUGGUCAACAUCACCUACCUGAACUUCAUGGCCUUCCAGGAGGAGACGGCGAAGGAAUGGGCGGAGGAGCUGUUCAACCUGGCGUCCAACCUGCUGGUGCAGAACAUGUCCAGAGAGGACUGCCUGGAGAAGGCAUACACCCGUCUGAAGCUGCAGCUCAACCCUGAGGGGCGAAUCCCCGUCAAGAACAUCUUCAGGAUGUUCUCCGCAGACAGGAAGCGAGUGGAGACAGCUCUGGAAAACUGCAACCUUCCUUCUGUCAGAAACGACUCCAUCCCCCCGGAGGACUUCACUCCGGAGGUCUACAACAUGUUCCUGGCUAACAUCUGUCCGCGGACCGAGCUGGACCACAUCUUCUCCGACGUGGGGGCCAAGACCCGUCCGUUCCUCAGCGUGGAGCAGAUGACGGAGUUCAUCAACAACAAACAGCGAGACCCCCGUCUCAACGAGAUACUCUACCCCCCCCUGAAGCCGGAGCAGGUCCAGGUGCUGGUGGACAAAUACGAAGCCAACGCUUCGCUGGCGCAGAAAGGUCAGAUGUCGCUGGAAGGCUUCGCCAGGUAUCUGAGCGGGGAGGAGAACAGCAUCAUGCCCCCUGAGAAGCUGGACCAGAGCGAAGACAUGACCCUUCCCCUCUCCAACUAUUUCAUCAACUCCUCACACAACACAUACCUCACGGCCGGGCAGCUCGCGGGGAACUCCUCGGUCGAGAUGUACAAGCAGGUCCUCCUGUCCGGGUGCCGCUGCAUCGAACUGGACUGCUGGAAGGGUCGCACCACAGAAGAAGAGCCGGUCAUCACUCACGGCUUCACCAUGACGACGGAAAUCUCCUUCAAGGAGGUGAUCGAGGCAAUAGCGGAGUGGCCUUUAAAGAGGUGGCCUUUCCCCUUCUUCUUUCCUUUGGAGACCCCGGUGUGUGUGUGUGUGUGUGUGUGUGUGUGUGUGUGUGUGUGUGUGUGUGUGUGUGUGUGUGUGUUGACUCCCAGGCCAAAGCAGCAGGCGAAGAUGGCAGAGUACUGCCGGUCGAUAUUCGGAGACGCGCUACUGACUGACCCUCUGGAGAAAUAUCCUCUGGAGUCCGGCGUGCCACUACCGAGCCCGAUGGAGCUGAUGGGGAAGAUCUUGGUGAAGAACAAGAAGAAACACCACAAGACGGACGGGAGCACCAAGAAGAAGCUGUCGGAGCAGGUGUCCAACACCUGCAGCGACUCCUCCAGCGUGUGCGAGCCCUCCUCCCCCAGCGCAGGUUCAACCAAAGAGGAGACAACAGAUCCCUCGCAGGCGUCGGAGGGGGCCGAGCUCAGCCUGAGGCCGCACGGCAGGAAGUCCAUCGGUGAGGUGGAGGCGGAAAGCGAGGACGACGACGACGAUGAUGACGACUGUAAGAAGGGCUCGAUGGACGAGGGAACAGCAGGCAGCGAGGCGUUUGCCACCGAGGAAAUGUCCAACCUGGUCAUCUACAUCCAGCCAGUCAAGUUCAACAGCUUCGAGGCCUCCAAAAAGAUCAAUCGCAGCUUCCAGAUGUCGUCCUUCGUGGAGACCAAAGCGUUGGAGCAGCUGACUAAAUGUCCCGUGGAGUUUGUGGAGUACAACAAACUGCAGCUGAGCCGGAUCUACCCGAAAGGCACCCGGGUGGAUUCGUCCAACUACAACCCUCAGCUCUUCUGGAACGCCGGCUGUCAGCUGGUGGCUCUCAACUUCCAGACCAUCGACCUGUCCAUGCAGCUGAACCUGGGCAUGUACGAGUACAACGGGAAAUGCGGCUUCAGACUCAAACCGGAGUUCAUGAGGCGGCCGGACAAACACUUCGACCCGUUCACCGAGAGCACCGUGGACGGCAUAGUAGCCAACACCCUCUCUGUAAAGAUCAUCUCAGGCCAGUUCCUGUCGGAUAAGAAAGUGGGCACGUACGUGGAGAUCGACAUGUUCGGCUUGCCGGUGGACACCAAGAGGAAGGCGUUCAAGACCAAGACGUCUCAGGGCAACGCCAUCAACCCCGUCUGGGAGGAAGAGGCCAUCGUCUUCAAGAAGGUCGUCCUGCCCACUCUCGCUUCGUUGAGGAUAGCCGUGUUCGAAGAAGGAGGGAAGUCCAUCGGCCACCGGAUCAUUCCCGUGUCGGCCAUCCGUCCAGGAUAUCACUACAUCAGUCUGAGGAACGAGAAGAACCAGGCCCUGACUCUGCCCACCCUGUUCGUGUAUUUGGAGGUGAAGGACUACGUGCCCGACACAUUUGCAGACGUCAUCGAAGCCUUAUCCAAUCCCAUCCGCUAUGUCAACCUGAUGGAGCAGAGAGCCAAUCAGCUGGCUGCUCUCACUCUGGAGGAGGGAGGAGAGGAGGAGGGCGACAAAGAGGUGGAGGCGGGAAGCGAUGCCCCCGCCGAAUCCAAGGUGGACCCGAGGGCGACGCUGCCCGCCGAGAACGGACUGAGCCACACGCCCGUCAUCGCCCCCAAACCUCCCUCGCUGGUCGGCCACCAGCCGCAGUCUGCAGGCUCCUUGAAACCAUCCGUGAAGACCGAAGACCUCAUUCAGAGCGUCCUCACUGAGUUCGAGGCUCAGACGGUGGAGGAGCUAAAGCAGCAGAAGGGCUUCGUCCGGGAGCAGAAGAAGCAGUACAAGGAGAUGAAGGAGCUGGUUCGGAAGCACCACCGCAAGACCAGCGAGCUGAUCAAGGAGCACACGGCCCGCGUGUCCGAGCUCCAGAACCAGCACCAGCGGGGCCGCUCCGCCCUGCAGAAGAGCCACAAACGAGACGGUAAGAAAAGCCGGUCGGAGCACUCUCUGUCCAGCCUGGACCAGGAGCUGUGUGAGCUGGACCAGGACUACAGCCUGAGGCUGGCCGAGCUGAAGGAGCAGCAGCAGCAGCAGCUCCUUCAGCUCCGCCAGGAGCAGUACUACAGCGAGAAGUACCAGAAACGAGAACACAUCAAGCAGCUGGUGGAGAAGCUGACCGCCAUCGCAGAAGAGUGCCAGAGCGCUCAGCUUAAGAAGAUCAGGGACGUCUGUGAGAAGGAAAAGAAGGACAUCAAGAAGAAAAUGGACAAGAAAAGGCAGGAGAAGAUCAACGAAGCCAAAUCUAAAGACAAGAACGCGACAGAGGAAGAAAAAUUGGAGAUCAACAGAUCAUUCGUCAACGAGGUGGUCCAGUACAUCAAACGGUUGGAAGACGCUCAGAGUAAAAGACAGGAGAGACUGCUGGAGAAACAGAAGGACAUCCGCCAGCAGAUCCUGGACGAGAGGCCGAAGCUACAGAGCGACCUGGACCAGGAGUACCAGGACAAAUUCCGCCGGCUACCCGUGGAGAUCCAGGAGUUCGUCCAGGACAGCGGCAGGGCCAAGCUCGGCCACGACGGUGUCCACGGGAGCCUCUCCGCCGCCUCCUCGGCGACGGAGAGGCUCAACCACAAGGCGUCGCCCUCGGAGGACGACACGGAGGACGGCUCGUCGGAGCGGGUGUACGACACGUCCCUCUAGAGAUUCAGCCCGGGCGCUUUGCUCCACACCGGGGCACUGAUUGCUUGGAUGUGUUUGUGGCCACAGCUUUAGGAUGAGACUGCCCCCCCCCUCGCCCUCCCAUCUCCUGACCGCGGUCCUAAUUUGAAACCAAUGGGAGGAUUAGAUCUAAUGUGAGCCUGGACGGGUGAGUAGGGGUCCUCCCUGCGUGGAGUGCGUUCCCGUCCGGAAAAAGUCGUUUCAUGUAAAUAGUAACUUUUUUUUUUGUGUAUUUAUAGGUUACCUUUACGUUGUCGUCUCUUUCGGUACGGCCACAGGAUGCGUUUCGAAGCACUAACUAUUUGCAGGAAAUAACUUACUUGAACUAUUGCACAGAGGGAGUAGUUUCUUUUUUUAUUAUUUUUUAACAACCUGAUAAUGACAGUAAUGGCGGCCGAGGCUUUGAAUUUACUUACAUGCAAAGCUUACGUGCAUAAGUGGAGUCGGCCUUCAAAGCCUCCACCUUUAUAACGUUUGGAUCCACCGUCACUCCUUUGCAGGCCCAACGUAACUCUCUUACUUUAACCCAGAGGCACUGGUGGCUCGCUGGUUCCCAUUUUGUUCUCACAGAACUGAAGCUUUUGUGUUGCUGCUAUUUUCCUUUAAAACCCGUCACUUUUUUAAACUUAAUUAUUUGGUUUUAAUGAUGUUUGGCAUUAUUUUAAUUUGGCUAGUUUUUAACAAGUUUGCGUUGUUUGGGGGGGGGGGCGAUCCUGCCCAGAGGGGGGAGGUGGAGAGAAAGCGUGUUGUACAGUAUUUGCAUGUAGUUGAUCAACUGUAAACGUUACAGUAGCUCUGUAGCAGAAUUGUGAACUAAAUGUAAAUCUAUUUUCUCUGAAACAUUUAAAACUAAACCUGAAAAACAGUGUGAGCCGGUUAGUUGGGAGUAAAACAGGUUUCGCGCCCCCUCCCCCUCCCCCUCCCCCCCGAGUUAACCAGCGCGUCCUCGUAGAAACAAUGACAACAAAACGACAGAAGUGCAGAAAUGAAACCCUCGUCUCGAACGCUCGUUUCCUGGGUCAAAGUAUUUGACACAUGCGGGUGUACCAACCCGCACGAGGGUGGUGACAAAGGGCCUCGGGCCUCAGACUGGGGGGGCGGGUGACAGGCCGCACGCUGCAUCCCGUACCGUUUGUCCUCGCCAACUAAAACAACCAAACGGGGAUAUUUAAGGAGGAGAAGAGGAUCCCGGUGUGGUUUCAUACAGGUCCUCUUAACUGGUCCGUUGUGUCCCUCCGGUGGAAUGUGUGUUCGGCUCCUCCGGUAAACACAGCAGAGGCCUCGAGGACCACGGAGGGGGGGUGGGGGGACCAGCGUGCUGUGCCCGCCGUUGCCGUGCUCGCGGAGCUCAGCCGCUGUAGAUCGAAGCGUUUGCAACCGAAGCGGCUCGGAUGUGUUAAAGCAGACGUCGCUCCAACGGAAUGAAUCCACUAUUUACUCCUCUGCGUGAGAAACUCCGCCCCAUCCAGUGACCACGAGGAAGUGUUUUUAACUUCUCUAACUGUCCAGUGCCAUUUAUCUCACGGGUUCUUUGAUAUCAAAUCAAGGUUCAUGUUUCAGCUGAAAAAAAAAAAAAUGAAAAAAGUUGAAUGUGACUGACCUGACAUGUAAGUACAAACUACUUUUUAAAAAGCCGAUGUUGAUGUGAGAGUCCUGUGCCUUUGAAUAGGUUUGCCUUGUUUGAUGUUGAAUGUGUGAAAUGCAUCAGUGGUUAAAUUGCCAUUAUAUAAAAAAUAAUAUAAAUCUGUCUGAUAUUGAAUAGGCCGUGUGCACUUUGAAGUACAGUACCACUACUGAGUAAUGCAUUGACUUGUGUCUCAUACGAGACAACCUCCUUUUAGUCUUGAAGUACUUUAUUUAAAAGCCCCCCCCCCAUCCCCCCCCACACACACUCCUUUACGUCAACUUACGUGUAUGCACUCUGGAAAUGUAAAUGUAUGUAUGACAUAAAGGAUAAAAGAUGAAGUUGAUGGACAAAAUAUAUAGUGUAAAGGGAAUUUGCCUGUAAUUACAAUAAAUGUGGCUAUUAUUGUA